AUGGCGGCCAACGGCGCGUCGCUGGAGCGGCGGAGCUCCGUGCGGCGGUCGGGGAGCACGGUGCGGGAGGAGCCGCCGCCGGCCGAGGAGCCCGCCGCCGCCGCCACAGGACCUUCCGACAUGGACGUGCUGAAGGAGAAGUUCUCCAAGCUGCUGCUCGGGGAGGACAUGUCGGGGUCCGGGAAAGGCGUGCCGUCCGCGCUGGCGCUGUCGAACGCCAUCACUAAUCUUGCAGCCGCUGUGUUCGGAGAGCAACGGAAGCUGGAGCCCAUGGCCCCGGACAGAAAAGCAAGGUGGAAGAAAGAAGUCGGCUGGCUCCUGUCCGUGGCGGACCACAUCGUCGAGUUCGUCGCCAAGAAACAAGUCUUGGAUAACGGCGUCGAAAUGGAGGUGAUGGGCACGCAGCAGCGAAGGGAUCUGCAGUCCAACAUUCCAGCUUUGCGCAAGAUCGACGCCAUGCUUCUCGAUUACCUGGACAACUUCAAGGACCGCAACGAGUUCUGGUACGUGAAGCGCGACUCGUGCUCCGAGAGCGAGAAGGAGGAGGCCGGAUCGGACGAGAAAUGGUGGAUACCGGUGGUGAAGGUCCCUCCCAACGGGCUGCCCCCGGCGUCCAGGGCCUGGAUCCAGCACCAGAAGGAGCUGGUGAACCAGGUGCUCAAGGCGGCCAUGGCCAUCAACGCCAACUGCCUCAUGGAGAUGGCCAUCCCAGAAUGCUACCUAGAAUCGCUGCCCAAGAACGGGAGGGUGAGCCUUGGGGACGCGCUGUACCGGAACAUCACUGACGUUGAGUUCGACCCGGACGAGUUCCUGUCGUCGGUGGACCUGACGUCAGAGCACAAGAUCUGCGACCUCAAGGACCGCAUCGAGGCGUCGGUCAUCAUCUGGAACAGGAAGGUGCACAACAAGGACGGCAAGUCCGCCUGGGGCUCCGCCGUCAGCCAGGAGAAGAGGGAGCAGUUCGAGGAGCGGGCGCAGACGCUGCUGCUCAUCAUCAAGCACAGGUUCCCCGGCAUCCCCCAGUCCACCCUCGACAUUGCAAAGAUACAAGAAAACAGGGACGUUGGUUUUGCUAUCCUGGAGAGCUACUCCAGGGUACUGGAGAGCCUUGCAUACAACGUCAUGUCCCGGAUAGAGGACGUCAUCAUCUCCGACAACGUUGCCAGGGAGAAGGCCAAGAAGGACCUGCCACCGGGGACGGAACCGGCGCCCACUCCCCUCCCUGAGGGGGCGGACAGCAUGACACUGCUCGACUUCAUGGGCUGGAACGGCGACGCAGAGGGCAAGCUAGAGGACAAGUCUCCCUCCGCGGCCGACCAGGACGACGGGAGGCUCAUGAAGCUGCCCAACAUUAUGACCAACCUCAAGAACACCUACAUGGACGUCCUCGGUGGGCACCGGAGCCCGCCUGGUCGCCAUUAG